AACGCCUCCUCAAACAACGCUGCGAGUUUGGCGCGCACCCAUGAAAGGAAAAAGAGGAUCCAUUCCGACUCUCUACGCCUACACUUCACCCGCAUCGAUCAAAAUCCAACGCCGGAAGCCUCUUCUAGCAUAUGGUGAAAUGAUACCUUGUCAAACUUACAUUUUCAAACUUGUCCAAAUAUGCAAUGGUAAGGGCUUUGUCUCUCUGAUAUCUCUUUCUUGUGUCCACAUGCGGUUCAAAGGAAUCCGAAGGGUUGUUUCCACUGCUGGCUGAGUCUUUCUGCUAACCAUUCACAAUCUAUGAAUUCGGUUCUGCACAAUGUUCAAGUCACAGUAUAUUGAUGGGCACAAAGAAAAAUUUGUAAGGUUGGACGACAUUGAUUCUAGGUUGUCGUUUAAAUCAGACAUGGCUGGAAUCAGAAAAUGUGGGUUUAGUUUAGAGGGAUUGACUGCUGGUGGUCGCUCUACAAACUCACCAAAGUCAAUCAAACUAGGUAUGAUACGAGGGUCUGAAGGACUAUUGACAUUUGGCCGAUCACUAAAAUCUGGAGUUACACGAGCAGUGUUCCCGGAGGAUCUCAAAGUCUCAGAACAAAAUAUAUUUGAUCCUCAGGACAAGAUUCUCAUACUAUGGAAUAGGCUUUUGGUCAUAUCUUGUAUAUUAUCUGUAUCAAUUGAUCCUCUUUUUCUCUAUCUUCCGGUGUUCAAGACUGAAGAUAGCUGUCUUCGUUUACAUGCCAGUUUAGCUUAUACAACUACAACUCUGCGGACAAUAAUUGAUUCAUUUUACGUCAUCCGGAUUAUUCUCCAAUUCCGCACGGCUUAUAUUGCUCCCUCAUCCCGGGUAUUUGGGAGGGGUGAACUUGUAAUAGACCCACAACAAAUUGCCAACAGAUACAUACAUCGUUACUUUGCAGUUGAUCUUCUUUCUAUUCUUCCUGUACCCCAGAUUGUGGUUUGGAGAUUCCUUCAUGGAUCAAAGGGUUCAGAUGUAGUGGCCACAAAAAGGGCUCUUGUGGUCAUUGUCAUUCUUCAGUAUAUUCCUCGAUUUGUGAGAUUUAUACCUCUAAAUUCAGAGUUGAAAAAGAGCGCUGGUGUGUUUGCAGAAACUGCAUGGGCUGGAGCUGCAUAUUAUAUGCUGUGGUUUGCACUUGCUAGUCAUAUAUUUGGGGCCUUUUGGUACCUACUAGCUGUGGAACGUAAAGAUGCGUGCUGGCAGAAAGCAUGUAAAGGUAGUGAAGAGUGCAAUGCACGAUUUUCCCUACUGUAUUGUACGCGUGAAGGAGAAGGGCAGAUAGAUAUGCCAGCCUGGAGAAAUAUCACUCAAGAAGUUCUCAAAAACAAUUGUAUUGUUGAUGACAAUUCGCCAUUUAACUAUGGAAUUUACGCAAAUGCUGUGUCAUCUGGUGUAGUUGACUCUGAGGAUUUCAUAUCUAAAUACUGCUACUGUUUGUGGUGGGGCCUGCAAAAUUUAAGUACACUGGGUCAGGGGCUUCAAACAAGUACCUACACUCCGGAAGUUCUUUUCUCUAUAGCAUUAGCCAUUCUCGGGCUCCUCUUGUUUGCUCUUCUUAUUGGAAACAUGCAGACCUAUCUUCAAUCUAUAACGGUUCGGCUGGAAGAAAUGAGGAUAAAAAGGGGCGACUCAGAGCAAUGGAUGCAUCACCGUGUACUGCCGCCUGAACUCAGGGAACGCGUCCGACGUUACGAGCAAUACAAAUGGUUGGAAACCAAAGGAGUAGAUGAAGAGAGUCUGGUCAGAAAUCUACCAAAAGACCUUAGGCGGGAUAUCAAGCGACACCUCUGUAUGAACUUAGUUAGAAGGGUCCCUCUAUUUGCAAACAUAGAUGAGAGGCUGCUGGAUGCCAUUUGCGAGCGGCUGAAGCCAAGCCUGUACACCAAAGACACCUGCAUUGUUCGCGAAGGGGAUCCAACCCUCGAGAUGCUCUUCAUAAUCCGGGGUCGGUUGGAGAGCAUCACCACCGACGGGGGAAGAAGCGGCUUCCUCAACACUGGCAUUCUAGAAGAGAGUGACUUCUGUGGUGAGGAGCUGCUGACGUGGGCCUUGGACCCUAAGGCCGGUUCUAACCUGCCCCCCUCCACCCGGACCGUAAAGGCUCUGACAGAGGUGGAAGCGUUUGCACUAGUGGCCGAGGAAGUGAAGUUCAUCACCACUCAGUUCAGGCGCAUCCACACCAGGCAGGUCCAGCACACGUUCCGGUUCUACUCACAGCAGUGGAGGACUUGGGCAGCCGUCUUUAUCCAGGCGGCUUGGCGCCGCCGCAUGAAGAGGAAAAUGGUACAAGUAGCUCGUUCUAGUGAAGUCCAAGAGAGCGAUGAAGACGAAGAAUCUGGCGAUGACAAUGAGACUGCGGCAUUGAUCUGAUCUCCUAGUAAUAAUCUUUUGGGGUUAUU